AUGGCGUCCCUUUUAGGCGACCCGUGGUUUGAAAUCUCUGGACGUGGUCCUCCGCCUGACAACAACUAUUAUCACUUUUCUGUCAACAAGGCAGAAGUGAUUUGGAGAUGGUGGAAGAUUUCUCCCCGACUAGUAGACAGGUACUCCAAGCCUGGGGAGCAGAAGGAGUCUCAUCUCGACUUCUUGGAUGACACUUGGUUACAAAGUGAACUCGCCGUGGUUUUCGGUCAGAAGGCCUUACAGUACACUAAAGCUUUGUGCCAAGGCCAUUUUGACUAUCUGGAGCGCUUGUCUGACUCUUUGCUUCUGCGGAUCAUAAAUUAUCUGGAGCUGGAAGAUGUGGAUCAGCUUGGAAGAACAUCGCAUAGGUUCAAGCAGCUGUGUGGGUCAGAGGAGUUCUGGGAGCAAGCGGUGCACCGGCACUGCAAGACGGUUUCAGCCGAGGUGGCAUCCCUGGCAUCAGAGGUUGGCUGGCGCCGCAUUUUUUUCACCAACAAGUUACAUCUGCAGAAGCUGCUCAGCCGCCGGAGGCUGAGGGCCGAGGAGCAACAGGAGGAGUCCAUCUUCGACCCAGAUCCGCAGGCAGGGGAAUCUGCAAACGGCAGCUCAGAGACAAGCCCCGUGCUGGCCUCUGAGAGGGACUGGCACCAUCUCGGGGUUGGCCGGGACGCUGGCUUUGACUCCGACUCCUACUGUCAUGUUGAUCCUGAUCCACAGGCUGAAUCUGAUCCUGACCCUGAUCCACAAGCUGGCUCAGAGUCCAUCGACUUGCCUGACCAGUUCAUGGAGGGCCUGAAGUUCUGUGAGCUAGAAACGGUAACGCAGAGCAGCACCCUGAGCAGCGGUGUGGGAGACUGUAGUGAUGAGUUAGCCAAGAACGUGGCUUAAGCCUGUCAUCAAAUGUUCCAAUGCAUUCCUGUUCAAUCUUUAACUUUCUUGAUCUGUAAUUAGUUUGUUUUAUGACUUCCUCUCAUUUUCUUAUGUACUGUUGUUUUUGCUCGA